AUGGUGAAGCGCAAGUUGAAUGAUCAGGAUGUUCCUGAGGUGGCAGAGGCCGUAACGGUAGUCGAAGAGAAGGUGGAAAAGAAGACGCCGACAGUAAAGAAGACAUUCGCCGAACUGGGACUGGAUGCGCGCCUUCUCCAGGCCAUCAACAAGGAGAAGUUUGCUGCGCCGACACCCGUACAAGCCCGCGCGAUUCCUCUGGCUCUCUCGGGCAAGGACAUCCUUGCACGAGCAAGAACCGGCUCUGGCAAGACGGCAGCAUACCUCCUCCCCAUCCUCCAAUCCAUUCUCCACCGCAAAUCCACACAAGCCUCGUCGACCAAGACAACGUCGGCUCUCAUCUUGGUGCCCACUCGCGAACUUGCUGGCCAGGUCGCAAAGGUCGCUCUGUCGUUUGCUGCUUUCUGCGGCCAAGAAGUGCGCAUCGAGAACUUGACUCGCAAGGAGGACGACAAGGUCGCCCAUGCCCGUCUGAUCGAGGCCCCCGAUGUCGUUAUCGCUACCCCCUCGAGGGCAACCAGCCUGGUCAACGCCUCUCUUUUGCAGCUGCAAGACCUCAGCCACCUCGUAAUCGACGAAGCCGACCUUGUCCUUUCAUAUGGCCACGACGAAGACCUGCAGAGCCUGUCAAAGGUCAUCCCUCAAGCCGUACAAACAGUCCUGAUGAGCGCCACACUACGGACCGAAGUCGACACGCUCAAGGGAAUGUUCUGCAAAGACCCCGUUCUGCUUGAAUUCGACCAGGAAGAGAAGGAAUCGUCAGCCCUCACACAAUACGUUGUCCAGUGCGGAGAAGACGAGAAGUUCUUGCUCAUCUACGCAAUCUUCAUGCUCAAGCUGAUCAAGGGCAAGUGCAUUGUCUUUGUCAGCGACAUUGACCGCUGCUACCGUCUCAAAUUGUUCCUCGAGCAAUUCGGCAUCAAGAGCUGUAUCUUGAACUCGGAACUGCCAGUCAACUCGAGACUGCACGUUGUGGACGAGUUCAAUCGCGGUGUUUACGACAUCAUCAUUGCUAGCGAUGACAGCGAAAUCGUCGGAAACGAGGAAAAGUCAAAGGCAACCGCCGUCGGCGGAGAAGCAGCAGACGUUCCCGAGGAGACUGCUGCAGAGAACGACGACGAGGACAAGGAAGAGAAGGCCACAGAGGAAAAGCCAAAGAAGAAGCAAAAGCGCUCAAAGCUCGACAAGGAAUUCGGUGUCUCUCGUGGUAUCGACUUCAAGAACGUCGCCUGCGUGCUCAACUUCGACCUCCCCACUUCAUCCCGCAGCUACACCCACCGCAUCGGCCGUACCGCUCGUGCCGGCAGGUCUGGCAUGGCUCUCUCCUUUGUCGUCCCCAAAACUCUCUACCGCAAACACAAACCCACCACCAUUCCCUCGGCCGAACACGACGAAGAGACCCUCGCCAAAAUCACCCGCCAGCAAGAAAAGAAGGGUCAAGAAGUCCUCCCGUACCACUUUGACAUGAAGCGUCUGGACGGCUUCAGAUACCGUAUGAGCGACGCCCUUCGCUCAGUAACCCGCAUCGCCAUCCGCGAAGCCCGUAUUCGCGAGAUUCGCUCAGAGCUGCUCAAAUCGGAGAAGUUGAAGCGCCAUUUCGAGGAGAAUCCUACAGAUUUGCAACAUUUGAGGCACGAUCAAGAGAGCCAUGCUGUACGCGUGCAGCCGCAUUUGAAACACGUUCCAGAGUAUUUGUUGCCUGGUAACUCGGCGGUUGCUCAAGGUGCUGGUGAUGGUGGCUUCGUUGGCUUUGGCAAAAGUGGAGAGAACAGAAUCAGAAAGGCGAGAAUGCAAAAUAGAAUGAAGGGCAAGGGUAAGGGAAGGAAAAAGUCCGACCCGCUAAAGUCGUUGAGUGCGAAGAGGAAGUGA